UAGGGUCGUCUAGAUCAAGGGUUAACAUUACGUCGUGGAAGAGUUCGUCCUGGAACCGAUUCAACCGAACGUGAUAUUGAACGUUAACGUUGAACACCGUUCGUAAACGAAGUAGCUUGGCUCUUUCCAUGGCGUUCCUCUGGGAAACUGUUUAUUGUCCCCUUGACGGUUGUCCGUACCCUAAUUCUCGCCUACCAUGUCUGGAAUCUGUAGACCACGUCUUGCCGAGGAGCGCAAGCAAUGGAGAAAGGACCAUCCCUUCGGAUUCUAUGCGAAGCCGGUGAAAACUGCAGAUGGCUCCAUGAACCUCAUGGAGUGGGAAGUGGGUAUUCCUGGAAAGGCUGGUACGCCUUGGGAAGGUGGUCUUUUCAAGCUUACCAUGACCUUCCCCGAAGAUUAUCCGUCUAAACCACCGAAGUGUAAAUUCACGCCCCCUCUCUUUCAUCCAAAUGUCUACCCGUCAGGAACUGUCUGUCUUUCCAUCCUUGACGAAGAAAAGUCAUGGAAACCAGCAAUCACCAUAAAACAAAUUCUCCUGGGCAUUCAAGAUCUUUUGGAUGAUCCGAAUGUAAACGAUCCGGCGCAAAGCGACGCCUACACCAUGUUCAAAAACGACAAGGUUGCCUACGAGCGAAGAAUUCGGCAGCAAGCCCGGGAGAAUAUACCGAAAUAAAGCAAUAGUUAUGUGUCUGUAGUUAUCUCUGCAAUGAGAACAUCAGAAUCUCAACUAGCGAUGUUUACAUUAUCUCCUGCUCCUGGCCUUACUGACCUUGAUGGGUGCAAAGAUGGCGGACUUACAUGUGCGUCCGAGGAAUGCUUUGGAAAAUUCUUGCCGUACGGUACAACCACAAAAGGGUGC